AUGCAGACAAAUUAUGGGUUUAAGCUGACAUAUAAUAAGGUUUGGAGGUCUAGGGAACAAGCCUUAAUGGCGGUGCGAGGAGCAGUGGAGGAAUCAUAUAGAAAAUUGCCAUCAUACCUGUUCAUGUUGGCGAAGAAUAACCCAGGUACCAUAAUUGACAUUCAGACGGAUGAGCAUGGCCAUUUCAGAUAUAUGUUCAUGUCUCUAGGCUACUCAAUCAGAGGUUUCAGGUAUUGUCGUCCAGUAUUGUGCGUCGAUGCCAGUUUUCUUAAACACAAGAUUGAAGGUCAACUAUUGGUUGCGAUUGCAUUAGAUGCGAAUGAACAACUAUUUCCCGUUGCUUUUGGCGUCGUUGAUUCGGAGAAUAAUAACUCUUGGACAUAUUUCAUGCAACAAUUAAGAGUGGCAAUUGGAUUAGUCCCGGAUCUCAUCUUCGUAUUUGAUAGACACUCAAGUAUUUUCAAUGCCUUAAAUGCUAGGAAAUAUCCCAUAUCAACAUUGGCUGAGUAUUUACGAAUGACACUACAAGAAUGGUUUCAUGAUAUAAGAGAAAAAGCUUCCAACCACACAGAACAUUUAUCUCAAUAUUAUGAAAAGUUCUUACGUGAACAAGCCGAGAAGGUCAGAUUCUACAACGUUAAUCCGCUUAGAAGAUUCGAGUUUCAUGUGAAUGACGGUGAACAUGAUUUUCAAGUUGAUCUCCAAACUCGAACUUGUACAUGUGGGGUAUUUGAUCUAUCUGGUCUUCCUUGUAAACAUGCCCUUGCUGCUGCCCAUUCUCGGAAAACUAUUCCAUAUGAGUACUGCUCAAGGUUUUUCACACCUGAAGCGUGGUGCAUGGAAUAUGUAGAUACAUGUUAUCCAGUUUGCAAUGAAGGUUCUUGGGAUAUUCUAGAAAAUAUCAAGGAACCAGUUUGUCUAAAACCCCCCGUCAAGGUUAAGAAGGGUCAGACAACAGCAAAGCGUAGGUCAUCACAAGGUGAGCCUCGUAAGGAACAGAGACAGUGCAACUCAUGUGGCGGUUGA